CAGCCCGACGCCCUGUGGGAAGGCAUGCCACUCACGGACCCAGAGCGCGCUAGACAGGCCGGCUCGGCCCCUGCACCAGCGCCCCCGCAAGCCAGCGCGCCUGCUGCAAGCAACGUCUGGGCAGAGCGCGCACCGCCCCGCUUGGACUCAGAAGCAGUCCAACGCAUGCAAGCAAGCUUCCGGGCCAACUACCCGGGCGAGCACCUGGGCGCAGAUGGCAUGCCCAGCAUUCGCCUGCUCAGCCUGGUGCACCAGUGGUUCGCCCCUAAGGGGGUGAUCAAGUGGGACGGCAAAGGUAAAGGCAAGCCUGGCAAAGGUAACGGCAAGAAAGGGGGCGGCAAAGUCCAGACGCGCCUUAAAGAUGACGGCAAGGUCACGGCACUCGCAGAAGCAAUGCGCAACCUACAGCUCAAGCAUGGGAACAAGACGCUUUGCGUCCGCUUUAACAAGACGGAGUGCAAUGAUCGCAAUUGCAAGUUCGCGCAUCUCUGCGCCAUCCGCCUUGCCAACGGACAAGCCUGCGGGCAAAGGCACCCCGCAAGCCAGCGCCGCUUCAAGUCGCAGGCAGACAAGCCCAGCACAGAACACAGCUCCACACCACAGCCUAGAUCACGCACGCCCAUGCCAGCACGCAAGCCUGCGCAGCAACCUCGCCUUUUCUUAGACCUGUUCUCGGGCCAGCAUGCGCCCUUGACGCAUGCUAUGGAGCGCCUAGGCUGUGACUGCUUCCAUCCCUUCGACAUCGCAUUCGCACCAGGCCUGGACAUACUGGACGACUCGCGCUACCGCCUGCUCCUGCGCGUCGCCUGCAGCGGCAUUGUAGGGGCCGGCUGGUCAGCACCGCCACGCAAAGCGUACUCACGCCUCAAACUCCGCAAGCCCGGCCCAAAAGCACUACGCACUCCUGAGUUUAUGCAAGGAGUCCCAGGCCUCUCAGAAGAUGAGCUCCUCCGCGUAUCGCAAAGCGCAGAGGUACACGCGCGCAGCCGCAGGGUCACCAGCUGCAUCCGCGAAGCAGGCCUGGAGCAACCUCCCUCCUCGAUGGCUUGGCUGGAGGAGGACAAUGUCACCCUGCUGCGCGAGCUCUGCGCACACUGUUCGCACGUGGCGGCAUGCGAGCACGGCGUGCUAUUACAAGUCCUGGGCCUUCUGCGCAAGCUUCGCAUCUAUUCGCACUCUGGCAUGCACCUGCCGCCGCCCUCCAGGCGCGCGUAA